UCCGCGGAAAAAGCGUAUGCACGUCGUAUCAUUUUUAGACACGCGGAACGGCAAUACAAAAGCCUCCAGGCGACCCAUUGGCAGGUAAGGAAGGAAUUUGUGGAGUUAAUUAGCCAAGCACAGGAAAAAUAUUUUUUUCGCUCCGGACAGAGAGAAAAAGAAGUGGAGUAAGUAGCAGCUUUAUUGAGCCAGGAUAAGGCGGCGGCGGCUGCUGUUAUAGUUGUUGGUUCAGGGAUUUAAUCCAGAAAUACCAGAUCUUCUUGCUGUGCGCGACAUGGAUCGUUUUGAAGUUGUGAAGGAUAUCGGCGCUGGAAAUUUCGGCGUGGCGAAGCUCAUGCGGGACAAGAAAUCCAAGGAACUCGUUGCCAUGAAAUAUAUUGAGCGAGGCCCUAAGAUAGACCAGAAUGUUAUGCGGGAGAUUAUAAACCACCGCAUGCUCAGGCACCCAAAUAUUGUUCGAUUCAAGGAGGUGGUGUUAACUACCACUCAUCUUGCCAUCGUGAUGGAGUAUGCUGCUGGCGGGGAGCUGUUUGAGCGAAUUUGUAACGCCGGUCGCUUUAGCGAGGAUGAGGCCAGGUUUUUCUUCCAGCAGCUUAUUUCUGGGGUCAGCUACUGCCAUUCGAAGGCAGUCUGUCACCGUGAUCUUAAGCUGGAGAAUACGUUACUGGAUGGAAGCCCUGCACCCCGGCUUAAGAUUUGUGAUUUCGGAUACUCAAAGAGUUCUCUCCUUCAGUCACGGCCCAAAUCAACAGUAGGGACACCUGCUUACAUUGCCCCUGAGGUUUUAUCAAGGAAGGAGUACGAUGGGAAGCUUGCAGAUGUAUGGUCAUGUGGGGUAACACUGUAUGUGAUGCUAGUGGGGGCUUAUCCAUUUGAGGACCAAGAGGAUCCCAAAAAUUUCAGGAAAACAAUUCAGCGCAUAAUGAGUGUUCAAUACACAAUUCCCGACUAUGUGCAUGUGUCUCCUGAGUGCAAGCAGCUUCUUGCCCGAAUUUUUGUGGCCAAUCCUGCCAAGAGGAUUAAAAUUCAGGAGAUAAAGAACCACCCAUGGUUCAGGAAAAACUUGCCAAGGGAACUCAUGGAAGGUGCAGAAGCAAGCUACCGAUAUGAUGAUUCUGGUAGUCCUCCUCAGAGUUUAGAAGAAAUCAACAAGAUCUUAGAAGAGGCAAAAAUACCCCCUCCACGGCAGCAUACAGAUGAUCUUCUCUUAUGGGAGGAGGAAGAUGAGUUUGCACCAAGAAAUGAAGGAGAUCAAGAGGCUGAGGGGAGUGGAGAAUAUAAUGACUAUUAUUAUGGCUCCGACCAGCAUGACCAUGACCAGCAUGAUGAUCCGAAACACAAUGAUCCUGAACAUUGUGGCCCCAAAUAAGGUGGUUAGUAUUCACGAAGAAAUUUGGGUUGUGUACACUUAUUUACCUUUUUUUUGGGUCUUGGAAGUCUUGACCUCCCUAAUAACUGCAACCAUAAACUUUCUCGCUGAGAUGAUUUAUCCAAGUUUUCUAUUAUCCAUAACUUGGAGAAGGUUGCAAGGGAGCAAGCAUGUUGUUUUAUAUAAUCUAGGAAUGACUGUUUGUAGAGUAGGGAGUUCAUAUUGUCUAAAGCAAAUGUGGGACGAAAAAGGGCACAGGACAAAAAUUGGUCCAUAUUGCAUAUGAUAUGGUUUACUUGUUAUGGAUGGGAGACAAUAUGUACUAUAAAACUCUGUUCUUCUCAUUGUAACUUGGCUCAAUCAUAAAGCUUAUAUAUUUUAAAAGGUUUAGAUUUUGUA